AUGCCAGAUAUAUCUACUUAUCUUCCUCAUGGCUCUUUUCAUGAGCAACGUGUCAGUCUGGAGAAUGCUAUAUUUUUAGCUUGGGCAACAAACCGUACAUUAAUAAUUCCAUCAAUAAUAUUUGGCCAACAAUUAUUACCUCAUGGGACAUUUAAAAAUUUAUCAGAAAUUCUGGUAAAUUUAAAUCAUUAUAAUGAAACAAAUAGUGAAUGCGAAUGGGAUUCUAAACAUAAUCAAUGUAUAAAAAAGGUUCAAAAGAAUCUUUACACAUUUGUAAAAUGGGAAAUUUUGAUAGAUAUGGGGUUUUCUCAACAACAAAUUCGAACAAUUAAUCGAGAAAGUUAUGAUUUUACAAGUCUUCUCUUAUUUUUAAACAUCACAGACCAAAAAAAUGAGUUUUAUAUUAUAGAUGAUGAAGAAAUUUACACCUACCAGAUUUAUGAUGAUAUAGACGAGAAAUCACCAUCUGAUACGAAAUAUAAAAACAUGAUUCAUUUAUGCUCUCUACAACGAAGAAGUGAAACUUUAUUGCAUUUUGGAUCGCUAUUUGGUACUAGUCGACUCAACUUGAAGUUGAAUGGUAACAUAGAAUUUUUACAAAAUGUUAGAAACAGUUUAAUAAUUAAUCAUCCAGUAUUGCUUGAAAAAGGUGAAGAAAUUAGCAUACAGUUAGGUGGUCUGGCAAGUUAUAUUGGGGUUCACUUCGAACAGAUAGAUGAUAUAAUGGGGAGCGAAGAAACUUUUAUCAAUGAUGUUAUUGAAAAGUUAAAGAAUCAAUUCGGUAUAAUGCCUCAAAAAACUAUUAGUAAUACGUCGGAUCGAAUAGAACUAGCAUCAAGAGGUUUUCAACCAACUUUAACACAAAUGUUAGUUGAAGAAUGCGUACAAAAGAGCCCACCAGAAAAAAGAAAUUAUCCAAUAAUUUAUCUUGCAACAGAUUUAACUAAAUCAGAUCCAAAACUAACGAGAUUCUUUGAAGAAUUUCCUUGUGCAUUUAUGUUGUCUAAAUUUACAGAUUGGACCAUGGCACUGGAAUUUGUUUUAAAUCCAAUAGACAAUGUUAGCUUAUAUGAAUUCCUUAUACCGUUGAUUGAUGCUGUUGUAGCAGCAAGAAGUGGUGAAUUUUUUGGUAAAAAUGAAAGUUUAGUUAGUAAUUAUAUACAAAGAUUGCAUGGCUAUUGGGUUGGUGCAUAA